AUGUCAGAACUACAACACUCUGCGAGGAAGAACUCGCCCCCACUGACUCCUCCGUCUCCAGACACUACAGACGCUGAACUAAAGUUAUCAAGGAAACGAGAACGAGAGGUCUCUCUUGAACCUCUAACCCCUUCAACCAUCGUUGAUACAGAUCCCCUGCUCCUCGACCGCAAAGACACACGUACCCCAGCGAAGAAGAACAGGCGACGCCUCGACACCACAGAGGAGGAGGACGAUGGUCUGACUCGAUCUAGAUCGAAUUCGGGCUCGCCCCCACUCAGCGUCUCACCACCGCAGGAAAUGAAGAUGCGGGUGAGGCAAAUCAGCCAGGGGGUUGAAGACCUCAGUUGGCGGAACAUGCAGGCUACUACCCCGGACAAAGAUGCGGAUGAGGACAAUGCGGGUCUAGCGCCCGGGGAUGCUCAAGACGUUAUCGCUACUCAAGGUUCGACUGUGGAUAUAAAGGUCGACUCCGAGACUCAGGAUGAGUCGCCCCCCAAGACACCGGAGGAGACACAGCUCAUGCCAUCCCAAUCCAUGAUGGAUGCCAGCCCCGCCGUACCACGCAAGGAGGCUCUUAGUGAAGAGUCCACGUUUCGUCUUCGAUCUGAUUCGGAGAGUGGUGGGGAUAAAGGUCUGAAACGCAAGUUCCUUGAGCGGGGCACGAGUCAGGGCCCCCCUGAAACUGUAGAUACAUCUGGUCCGGAACCGUUGAAGAGACCGAGAGACGAAGCGGACGGGGAUGAUAAUCCUAGAGAAACGAAGCGGCCUUCUCCACCACCUGAGCCUAAAUCACCACGUCGCCCUUCUCCCCCAUCUCCCAAGGCUUCCAAGCCGCGCGGCUUCAUGGCUUAUGCAUCCACAAGUUCACCCUUUGCCUCUGUCAAAGGCCAAAACCUAUUCGCGUCUAGCAACAGCAAUAAAACGCCUCCACCGCCAUCUAUACCGGCUCCUGCAGCCCCUCUCUCAGCAUCCAUUCCCAAGCUAGGCGAAUCAUCCACCUCUUCCAACACUCCCACAGCCACCAAACGAUCAGGAUUUGAAGCAUUCUCAUCCUCUGCCUCCCCCUUUGCCUCCAUAAAAGCAAAGCUCCCCGUAUCAGGAUCCACAGCCAAGUUGGGGCGCGCAAAGUCUCCACCUCGACGAACAAACACUGCCAAUCUAAACGCAACAAACCCGUUCGCCUCGUACGCGGGAACGGCGCAAAGUUUUGCUGUGCCCAUGCAGAAGAGGGCUCGCGCUGGCUCGCCAAAUGGGUCUGCACGGAGCUCGUUGGAGAGGAAUCCUACUGUUGGUGUUUUUGGCGCGUCCACCACGACUGGGAAUAAUAAUGGAUCGGAUAGUGGUGCAGAGGAUGAUGGGGGUUAUAGGUCUACACAUACGAGCUUUGGUGCACGGUUGAGGGCGGGGAAAGAUGAGGAUGAGGAGUCGAAGAGCGAGGAAGAGCAGUCAAAGGUGUUGUUGACUGAACAGGAUGUUGUUACUGGAGAAGAGGAAGAAGAGACUAUCCACCAAGUACGAGGCAAACUCUUCUCCUUGGUGGGGGGAAAUACCUGGAAAGAGCGAGGAACGGGGUUGUUGAAGCUCAAUGUUAAACGAGAUGAUGGGACUGGCGCUCGAUUGGUGAUGCGCAAGGAGGCCGUGUAUACGCUCCUCCUGAACGUUACCCUCUUCUCUGGGAUGCGUUGUUCCCUUGCUCAGGAUCCACGAUACCUUCGGUUCAGCAUCAUUGAGGCUGGAGCUACGACGCAUUAUAAUCUCAGGGUCUCUAAUGCAAAAAUCGCACAAGAGCUAUUGGAAGAGAUAAACGCCAACAUUCCAUUGUGA